CUGCCUCAGUUCCUCAAUUGCUAACAGUGUCGGGCUGUGAUGGUGUGUGCUUCUAAUCCAAGCACUUGGGAGGCUGAGACAGGGGGAUCACUGCAAGUUUGAGGCCAGCCUGGGCUACAAGGUGUGGGGCCCAGCACAGGACAGUAGUGAGACCACCAAGGCCUGUACCUGCUCCUUGGGACUCUGCACUGUCUCUACCAUCAGCCAGCCCUGCCCCCUGAGCCAUCUCCACCCCCCUCGGACAGGAUGAGUGCCCUCGAUGGUGUCCCCUUCAAGAUGCCCAAGGGCUUCAUGGUCAGCACAGCAUCUCCCCCCAGGCUAGAGCUCAGUGUCCCGGCCUUCAGGGAGGUCCUGCUGGCUUCCAUGCACGACUUUAGCCUGGAAAGAAAAGCUCUCUUCUGCGCAGAGGCCGCCGUCCGAGGCCGCGGCGCCUACCAGGGCGGUGACCUGGGCACGGCGUCGGCCCCUCCGGCCUGGUUCCUGCUGCUCAGUCCCGACAGCGGCCUGGCACCCGCGCCAGCGGAGCCCGGACCCCAGGCGCGGCCCGGGGAGUUGCAGGAGGCAGGUGACGGCCAGAAGGACACCUCCUCCGCCAGCGAGGACGAGCGGGACAAGGUGGUACUCAGAUGUCCGGCCCCGCCAGCAUGUCCUGUGGUAACUGACGCACCAGCCUGUCUGUUUCAGUCCCUCAGCCCCUACACCUGCCUGCCACCUCUCAGGGAGACACCCCGGCCUCUCAAGUCCUGCAGAUCACACCCUGAUUCUUCAGCUGACCUGCUGUCCGCUCUGAGCCAGGAGGAGCAGGAGCUCAUCAGGCCUGUGGUGGCCCUGGGAUACCCCCUGGCCAGGGCCAUCACAGCUUUGCAGAGGACAGGAAGACAGAGUCUGAGCCAGUUUCUUGGCUACCUCAGCGCCCGGGAGAGGUUGCUGCAGCAGGGCUAUGAGGAGGGCCUGGUGGACGAAGCCAUGGAGCUCUUCCAGUACUCAGAAAGCAAGGCCGCGGAAUUCCUGCGCCUCUGGGAACAGUUCAGUGAUAUGGGUUUCCAGCCGCAGCGGGUCAAGGAGGUGCUGCUGGUGCACGGAAACCGACGCGAGCAGGCGCUGGAGGAGCUGGUGGCCUUUGCCCAGUGACCGCCAGGCCACUGAUACCGCCAGUGUCACACACCCUGCUGCCAGCAGUUGCCCUGUGUCAUGGGAACCAAACUGGAGGUAUACAAACAAAGCUCUGCAAGUUCAUUGUAAAAGACACAGCUCCCCAGCAUUGGGGGAAUCACUGAGGCCAGCCCUCCAGGAGGGAAGGGCGGGGCUGCGGUUUUUGGGGCUGCGAUUUUCGGGUAAGCCUUGUGCACUGCCUGGGCUCAGCCCUCUCUGUGUUAAUAACUUUGCUUUUGAGGAAAUUAAAACAACAAUGAC